GUGUGCUGUAAUACUUGAAUAAUUAUGGAAUCAUUAGUGAAGGAGUUCAUCAAUUCGCUAGAAGGACAAGUGGCCGAACUUCCCGACAUUGAAUUAGCCGACCUUGCUGAAGAUUCAAAAGCUAGCUGGACACGAAACAAAAUAGUAGAAAACGAAGAAGCAGAUCAGGUGGAAUUUGUAAAACGACGAAUAACUACAACUCAGGAAUUAGAAGGUGAACGUUAUGGAGGUGAGAAAGUAUCAUCAAAAAAUGUUUUUACUGGUGAUGAUAUAUCCGAUCUAGCACAUGUCAGACGUGAUACAAGCACUGAGAGCAAUUAUGACUCAGAAGAUUUGGAGAAUGAGGAAGACAGCAGUGAUAGUAAUAGUGCUGCCAAUAGUUCGGAUCAAGAAUCAUUUUCUGCUGACGAUAAUGUCGAAAGCGAAGUCCCAAUCGAGCAAUCCCAACCGAAAAAAGAGAAUGGUGCUGCUAAAGGUGUGGUAACAAUCUCGAGUAACACGCAGAAUGGGAAAGCUGAAAGUGUUCGAAAGCAAUUGAUGAUUUGGGACCGAUUGAUGCAAUUGCAUAUCCUUUCACAUGCAGCAUUGAGAACAUUCAAUCAGCUUCCUAGAGAUCAACUUGCCCAGAAUUUGCAGCAGUCAGCAGAUGGUGACACCAAAAAAAAUUGCAGAAUCAUGCGAAAGAAUUUGGAACAGUUGAAUGAAAUAUUUACAACAAUGGAAGAUAAGCUGUUAAAAUCAUCGAAGCAGACGAAAAACUUGCUUUUUGACGAUGAUCAUGAAAAAAGAGUCGAAGAUUCAGAAGAUGAAGAAAUCGAAAGUUCUAUCGAUAGUGAUGAAGAGGACGGCAGUCCAAUAGAAUCUGAUGCUAAACAGAGUGAAGGAGAAUCCGAUGUGUGCAUGUCAUCUGAAAACAUCACGAAUGACAACGAAAUUGUGAAUCGCGACCAGCAGGUCUUAGGCAAUAGAAGGAAACUAAUGCCGAAGGAACUGAUGAAAGAAUAUGAAAAACGCCACGAGCGAUUUGCAGCAUUUCGAUCAUCUACAUUGUCGAAAUGGGACGAAAGGACAACACUGAGUAAUAUUGGUAUAAUGAAAAAUAAGAAAAAAGAUUUCAGUACUUUUGAAUCUGUUGUAUUAAAACAGAUUGAACAGAUAAUGAAUGAAAAACAUCGAUUAUUACGUAGAACUCAAAUGAAACGGCAUGAUGUCGAUAGAAUUGGAAGCGAUGAAAACAGUAAUUACGAUGCAGAAAUAUUUGAUGAUGAUGAUUUUUACCAACAGCUACUAAAGGAACUUAUUGAAAGGAAGUCAGCUAAUGUGGUUGACCCUGUAGAAAUGAGCAGACAAUGGUUAGAAAUACAAAAAUUGCGACAGAAGCGGUCGAAAAGGAAAAAUAUCGAUACGAAAGCAUCGAAGGGCCGUAAGAUACGAUACAUCGUGAUUCCAAAAUUGGUGAAUUUCUUUCCAUCAAUGGCUGAGAAGGCAACAUGGAGUCAUGAAAAAAGAAAUCAAUUAUUUAAAUCUUUGUUUUCUUCAUGAUAAUAAAUAUCCCACUUUGAUAAAACUUCAAAAGAUUAAUUUGCUAAAAUUUUUCAACCAUCAGUUGUAUGUUCUAUUUAAUGGACAGC